CCCCCCACUGUCCGCGUGGGCCAUGCUUGCCACUGGUCAGUUUCUCCGCCGCACCGUUCCGCCGCUGUGUUACCCGUCCUUCCUCGCGGGCACGCCCCGAUCCUACGUGCGCCCGCUGGCUCCUUGGAGGAUGAUUAGUUCGGUCCCCUCGCCCCAUGGCUCGGGCGAGGUGUCACUCUCGGGUCCAGAGCCAACCCCCUCACCGCUUUUCACCGAUCCCUUGGUCCGGGGAAAUCACCGCCUACUGGAGGAGCGCAUUCGAUCCGCUUUCCCGCCCCCGGCGCCGGGGCUCUUCCCACUGCCAGCGCAAGCCGAAAGGCGGCGCGAGGCUUCGGUAUUGAUGCUGCUCGCCUACGCCAGCGACGUGGGGUAUGUCAAUGGCAAUGAGUUUGGGGAUGGCCGCGGCUACGCGCCGGACGAAGACCCGCUGGUGGUGCUGCUCACCCGGCGAUCGGAGCGCUUACGCAUCAACCCCGGUGACUCAGCCUUCCCCGGGGGUCGCGUCGAUUCCACCGACUUGAGCUACUUGUCGGCCUCCCUGCGUGAAGCCGAGGAAGAGAUCUCCCUCCCCCGGCCGGAAAUUGAACGGAACAUUUGCACCUGCCAAGAAAGCACCAACGGCGACUGCUCUUGCCUUGUCAUCGCGCGCCAGGUGCCCUUCGUGCAUCACUGGCUUUCGUCUGUGAACGUGUCGACGCAAGUUCUGUAUGUUCGGCCAAAGCGGGAGUCGGCCGGGGCCGACGAGUCGGCCGCGGCUUUCUGGCGGAGCCUGCAGUACGACGAAACCGCCACGCCGGAGACCGACCCACGCUUUAAUCCCGACGAGGUGAGCGCCACCUUCUGGAUCCCGCUGCGGGUGUUCCUUGAUUCUCCGGAAAAGUUCUCCCCUGAGCGUUUCUGGCGGCGCUCCUUUCCCGAGAGCCUGGUCGGCCCGCCGCGACGUAUCCGACUUCCCGAAGAGGUACCAGCCGAGGGCGCCGCCUCGGCCAGGUCCAGCAAAGUUGAGCGGGCGCAUGUCAUCGACAGCAUGAUCCGGAACCUGCCGGCCGACACCGUGUCAGAUGUUGCCGCCGCGUACAAUGCCCUGCGGCAGCCGCCGACCCCCCUGCCACCCUCGGCCGACACGGACACCGAAGCGGAAUCGGACGCGGCGGCCAUCAUUGCAUCCGCUUCCUCCCUCCCCGGGGGGAGCCUUGACCCAGGCGAGUACUCCAUGCAAUCCUACGACUUUUAUUCGUCCCGGUCGGGAAAUGUUGUCUGGGGCUUCACAUUGCUGCUGCUCCGGACAAUCGGGUCGGUGAUUUCCGGCCUGCCGAGUGCCGACAACACUCCACAGGCCCGGCAGGUGACCAGGUGGAUUUCCUCAGGCAAGACGGAAAGCCCCCCGCGGGCUGCCCGGGCGCCGCUCUGAGCCCCCCCCCCCC